CCGGAAGAUGUUUUCGACGACAUCCGGGUCGCGUUUAGAAAAUUGGCGGUUGGCUACGCGCAUUGGUGUUAUUUGUCCUUUUCCAGCGAAAUUCCUUUUUACAUUCAAUCUAAAAGUAGAUUAUGUGUUCAUGCAAACCUUUUUGAUUUAACAUAACUUUUUAGCGUUUAUUUAUACUUUAUUUUUGGAUUAAUGGUUUCUUUCAUAAAGGCAAGUCGUUGGCAAAGGGUGAACAUUACUGUUAGCUAAAAAAAAAAAGCUAACUCUUAAUAAUGGCGAAUGCUGCAUUGAUGCAAAAGAAGAAUGGACAACUUCUGUGGUUUUCUCUUCUUGGAUUGGGAUUUCAGCCAGAAAGUGCGGCUUCGUUUGUCGCAGGAAAAGCCAACGUUAAACAUCUCAACAUGGGACCAAAUAUGUUCAAAACACCUAACAAGGAGGCUUUCUACAUUGUGACUCAUUUCCUUCUGGAGAAACUAAACCCGACUCGAUUUCAUGACGCCUAUAGGCAUUGCUGGCCUGUUUUAAACCAAAAAGCUGAUGCUGAGUUCCGGAAAAUUACCUGUGGCUGGUUAAGAGAAAUCUGGGAUGAAACAGCAAAUGCUGGAUCCAAAGUUGUGGCAUCGCUGUUUCUGUCGCCCGGAGGCCCCAAGUUUACCAACUUGAUGCUUCACUUGGCCCAUCACGUCAUGCUGCAGGAAAUGAAAGCAUUCACCACAGAUGACUGUUGGGUUCCCGAGGCUGCAGCAGCUCCAGCCACCAGUUUGGACACAGCAGUAAAAAGGUUCUGCCUGAUCCGCAGACACUUUAUCAAAGCUGCAGUCGAUCAAGACCGUUUUCUCCACGAUUACCAGAAACAAGCCCAGGUUAUUGUGAAAUCUAUAAAGGAGAUCAAAGCAGAAGGGGCCACGUACUAUGAACCACAUGAUUCUACACAUGAUGAAGCUGUUCUAGCUGAGAAGACUAGAAAGGUGCGGUCCUUGUGGUCAGACAUCGAAGGGAUGCUGUUAACCAUUAAAGAAGAGCAGAGUGCAGUUGAAAGUGUUUUGAAUGGCGACGUGGAUCGACAUGUCCUGGACGGAACAAACCAAACCCUCAGAAUUCCUCGCUGCCUUCUGGAAAAAGUUGAGAAGCUCCCACAACAGAUGACUUCAGGGAAUGUGUAUGAAGGCGGGAAACUAAACCUGCUCUGCGUCGUGGAGCUGAUGAACCAUGCUUUGAGGUCCCUGAGAGAGGAGCGGUGUCAGGUCUCCGCAGCCUCCAAGCCACAGAUCAGUGCUCAGCAACUGCAGGAAAAGUGUCGCCAUAUGACCCAUGUGCUGCAGGACCUCUGCCUUAUCAGGCAGAAGAUUUCCAAAGAAGAAAUUCCACAGCUCAGGUUUGCCAUCAAAGAGUUGGAGGCUGACUGGGACAGACGGUGGAUGGAUACUCUGGAAGGGACCCCCCUCAUGUCUUUUCUUAAUAACGAUCCUACUCUUGGUUUCCUGUCUCCUAUGGCCCCCCUGUCUUUCGAACCUGCCGCUGAGUCUGCUUACAGCAGCAGUGUCUUCUCCCAGUUUCCUGCAAAGCUUGUUGGUGAGCAUAGCCGGGUUACGUUUAGUCUGUUUGAGGAGCAUCAGCAUGACAAGCCUCCAGAGAGGGAAUCCCAAGAGCCUGUUAACCCUGGCGUUUAUACUCCCAUCAGCACCAGCAAUGGGACAGCGGAGUCAUCUGAAAGCCCGUCCCCCAGGCCUCCACGGAGAAAAACCUCUUUGGAUUGGCUCGUCGACACUCCCCCAUCUCCCCCUCAAAAGGCUGCCUCACCACCUAUUGCCAGUGUGAAAAAGACCGCUCUUCCGAAAGCUGCUCCUGUAAAGACCCAGACUCAGAUUUUAGACUUGGAGUGCGAUAACCUUGCUGAUCAGCUUGCAGAUGCUGUAGCUUCCUCUGGGCCUUCAGAGGGCAGGGAGAAGGGCUUGGACUUUGAAGCACUUCUGAAAGCUCUUUCCAAGGAUCCUUUCGCCACCAAAAAGCAGCUUCCACGGACACCAGAGAGCCUGAUUAACGAUGUGAAAAGCUCCUGGAGAAGGGCGGUUCAAGAAGACAACGCGAAGAAGAAUUGUCCAGCUGCGAAGCUGAACGACAGCCCGGUCGGGGGAGUCGGUCCCCCGGGUGACACGCGCAGCACCAAGUCUCCCCCUCAGACUGUGACCUCCAAUGCUGGCCCCUCCAUGGAGAUCCGGGACGCUCCCUCUGUCUGCCAACAGGGAGUCUCAUUUCAGGGCAACGUGUCAUGGGACACAAUCGCAGAGGCCCUUGACAGCCCCAGCGGCACAGGCAGCAGCGCCGUCCAGUUCAGCCUCGAGCACGAAACCCUGCCCGAAAUACCGAGUUUGGACAGUCUGGGUCUUGACGAGGAUUACGAUGGUGUAGAUUUGAAAUGUGAGGAGGAUGAAGAGCCGCUCAUCACUUUACCACAGAUUGGAUCAAAGCCUUUUAUUUCACGUCCCCUGGAUCAGAGUCAACGUGCCAACAGCGAGGGGGCAAAGACGACAGAGUGCCUCAUGGGAGACUUCAGUUUGGACAGAGACUGGCUGAUGGGAGCCGAUCCAUCAGAGGAGAAACCCAAAGUUUUUUCUCUGGAUUUAGAUUCAUUGGAGACUCCUUCACCCGCAAAGGAGUACGACCUUCCCAAGCUCAUUUCAUUCUCUCCAAUAAAUGACAUGAACUUUUGACUGAGCCCACAGAAAGGAUUCCUCAUCUCUUACUUUGAUUUUAAUAUGUGAAAUAAAUUUGUACAAAGUUGUAAAAUAAAUUACAUCCAUUUUACUCUUAAGUUUUAACAUUGAUUUUAGAGUUUAAAACGAUUAAUAAAACUAAGAAUUCUUUCAAAUUA